AUGGCUGAAAUCGUUGUUAGUGCUGUCAUCACAGUGCUGUUGGAGAAGCUGCUCUCUGGUGACUUGAUGAAGCUGGCUCAAUCUGAAGGAAUCGAUUCUAAGCUUAAGAAAUGGAAGAAAACCUUGCUCAUAAUCCAAGCUGUCCUUACUGAUGCAGGCCAUAAGCAGAUAAAAGAGAGAGCUGUUCAAUUGUGGCUGAAUGAUCUCCAAGAUUUAGCCUAUGACAUAGACGAUGUACUCGAUGAUUUGGCAACUGAUGUUGGGUUACGCAAGUUGAAUCAAGAAUUUCGUGAUAGCACCAACACUAAUAAGGUAUUGAAGUUCUUUGCAAAUUGUUAUACUAAUUUUGGUCCUCCCAACUUUAUGUAUGGUCGUGAGAUGAGCUCUAAGCUGGAUGAGAUUACAACCAGAUUACUUGAUCUUGUUGAGGUGAAAAUCGGUCUGGGUUUGAAUGUGAAUUCAAAUCUUGAAAGGUCAAAUGAAAAACGUUUGGAGCAAACGUCAUUGGUUGAUGAGUCCAAAAUCAUAGGUAGGGAAGGCGAUAAAGAGGUAUUGAUGGGGAAGUUGUUGGAUAAUAAUGAAAAUGUAAAGAUAGUAUCCAUAGUUGGUAUGGGUGGGAUAGGAAAAACCACUCUUGCGAAAGUUUUGUACAACGAGGAGAAAGUGAUAGAGCAUUUUGAACUCAUGGCAUGGGUUUGUGUUUCAGAAGAAUUCAAUGUGUUUAAUAUCUGCAAGGCUAUUUUUGAUGGUGUAGGUGGGGAGAACAAAAGCUUUUCUACUCUUAAUGACCUUCAUGUGGCCCUCAAAAAAGAAAUCAAUAAGAAAAGGUUCCUUGUUGUUCUAGACGAUGUUUGGAACGAAGACCAUAGUAAGUGGGAGCUCCUCCAAAGCCCUCUUCAAGGGGGACAUGGGAGUAAAAUUAUGGUCACAGCAAGGAAUACCGGGGUUGCAUCGGUGAUGGAUUCUGAUGAAAGUUACGAUCUUGGGCUUUUGUCAAAUGAAGAUGCUCUAUCUUUACUUGCCCAACAUGCCCUUGGUGAGAAAAACUUUGAGAAACAUACACGCCUUAGAUUACAUGGUGAGGGUAUCGUGAGAAAAUGCGGUAGAUUGCCUUUGGCUUUGAAAUCACUUGGGAGAGUCUUGAAGACAACUCUAAGACUUAGCUACUAUCAUCUCCCUUCACAUUUGAAGCUAUUGUUUGCAUACUGCUCAUUAUUUCCCAAAGACUAUGUUUUUAGAAAGAAUGAUUUAGUCCUGCUAUGGAUGGCAGAAGGAUUUUUGUCUGGAUCAAAAGGGAACAAGUCAAAGGAGAGUUUGGGUCAUCAGUAUUUUGAAGAACUAAAGUCAAGGUUGUUUUUUCAGCAUUCAACAAUUGACAAAUUAGGUUAUGCAAUGCAUGACCUUGUAAACGACUUGACCACAAGUGUCGCAGGAGAAUUUUUCUUUAGAUUAGAUGAUAACAUGGAUGUAUCCGGGAUGAAUGAAACUUUUGAGAAGUUUCGUCACUUUUCACUUAUAGGUUCGGGAGGAAGAUCAUAUAGAAAGCUCAACGAAUUACAAAGAGCCAGAUGCUUGCGGACAUUCUUAUUGUUGUCAUUUCGAGAGCAUAGUUACCCAUCAGACAAAGUAAUCGAUAAAUUACUUUCUAAACCAUCAUUCUUAAGGGUGUUAAGCUUAUCUAAAUAUGUAAUCACAAAGGUACCACAAUCCAUUGGCAGUCUUAAGCAUCUGAGUCGAGACCAAAUCCAUUUUUCUCUCAAGGUCGUCGGCGAUCGCAGGGUGUUUCCAGCACUCGAGUUCAUCGUCCACCAUAAAGGUAAGUGUUUUGGUCCUUCAUUGCUUCUUAAUUUGUAA